AUGCAAUUACUACAAGAAUUUGCAGAUGUAAAGGUCAAGCAUGUUUAUAGAUCGCAUAAUAAAGAGGCAAAUGAUUUAGCUCAAAUAGCAUCUAGCGUCAGGAUGCCAGAAGGAAUAAUAGAGAAUUUGAUCAGAAUAAAGAAAAAAUCAUUACCCUCAGUCAAGUUGAGGGAAGAAUUGUCGGCAGAAGUCUUCAUAAUCGAGGUGGAAGAGGAUAUAGAGGAAAAUGAUUGGAGAACACCAAUCGUUGGCUUUCUUAAAAAUCUAGACCUUAAGGCUGACAAGAAGCUAAAGAUCAAAGCUCUUAAGUUUGUGAUGAUUGAUAGAGACCUAUUCAAGAAAAGCAUCAAAGAUGACCUACUCUUAAGAUUUGAGAUCCCAGAAUCAAUCACAACUGAUCGAGGUUUAGCCCUUAUUGCUAAGGAAGUGCAGGCAUUUGCAGCAGAGUACGGGAUCAAGCUCCUAAACUCAACCCUGCAUUUUGCACAAGGAAAUGGUCAAGCCGAGUCGUCUAAUAAGACGUUAAAAGGCAUCAUUGAAAAAAUGGUGGAAGACAACCCCAGAGUGUGGCAUGAACUGUUAUCAGAAACACUUUGGGCAUACAAGACUUCUCAACGGUCAAGCUCAGGUGUAACUCUAUUCAUGCUCACUUAUGGUCAUGAUGCAGUUUUGCCCAUAGAAGUCACUGUGUGGUCAAUGAGAUUCGCAUUGCAAAACAAUUUGACUUCUACGGAAUACAAUGAAUCUAUGUUAAUUGAAUUGAAAGACCUAGAUGAAGUGAGGUUAAGGGCUCUCGACCACAUACAAGUUCAGAAGAGGCGAGUAGCAAGGGCAUAUAACAAGCGUGUUAGGGCUAAAACCUUCGGCGAAGGUAACUUGGUUUGGAAGACUGUCCUCCUAAUAGGUGUGAAUGAUCGAAAAUAUGGAAAAUGGUCACCAAAUUGGGAGGGUCCAUUUAUGGUUUACAAAGUCUUAAAAGGAGACGCAUAUCAUCUACAAGAUCUCGACGGGGAGAUACAUCCCAGACCAAUUAAUGGCCGGUACUUAAAAACUUAUUGCUCUACAAUGUGGGAGACAAUGGAGAAUGAAACCAAAGAUAGUUAA